AUGGUGGACACGUCAGCACUGCGUCAAGGGGAGGUAUUAACGCAGCACGUGCCGAGGAUCUUGGAGCCCGCUUCCAGCAAUCAGACGCAGCAGAUGAUGCAGGAGGAGGAGGACGACGAUGUCGAAAACCGGGUUCCUUCCCCACUUGGGGGCCCGCGGUUCGGAAUGCAGGCGGUCGGGGCGGUAGAGGCGGGCGCCGGAGGGUGGGGGCUGGUCCGGGUAGGGGAGCUGCCGGGCCUUCUGGGGCUGCACGGCGUGCUGCGAGGGCCCCGGUUAACGGCAAAACCGAGUUCAGUGUCACCAUCGAGGAGGGGUACGUACCGUUUUCAUGGGAGGAAUGUUGAGAUUCGGGCAAAUAGUGUGCGCGAUCUUCUCGGUGACGUCGACGGGAGUUCGACGAUAACCGGUAGUUAG